AUGGUGGCAACGGGCACGGAGCUGAACGACCGCGCGGUCGGGCCCUGCAACCGGGAGGGCCAGUUCCUGGCCGCGGGGGACCGCCGGUACCGCGACCGUCCAGCUGACAGGGCGCAGGCCAUCGACGACCGCCUCGAGGCGUUCGCAGAGGCCUUCGCGAGCGCCUGUCCCGAGCCAUACGAGGACAGCGUUGGCGCCGUCAACCCGGAAACGACCAAGGUCUUCGGCCGCGUGUUCCGCGAGGGCGAGGGGCGCCCCAACGAGAACAUUCUGGGCAUCGAGGGCAGCGUCGCGCGCUCGCAGGGCGCGUCCGCGCGCCUCGUGCUCACCAAGUGCCCCGCGUUCUCCGUCUUCCCCGGCCAGAUCGUCGCCGUCAAGGGCACGAGCCCCUCCGGCACCACCCUGAUGGCCACCGACAUCUGCGCCAGCUACCCCGCGACGGCCGGCACGCCGCAGCGGACGGUCCCCGAGGGCUUCGCGUGCCGCGUGGUCGUCGCCGCGGGCCCGUACACCGCGCCCGGCGACCUCGCGUUCGCCCCCCUGCAGCGGCUGCUCGCACGCUGCAAGGACGUGCGCCCCGACAUGCUCCUGCUGAUGGGCCCGUUCGUGGACAGCGAGCACGAGCUCGUCAAGGCCGGCACGCUCGGCGAGGACAUGACGUUCGCGGACGUCCUGAAGGCGCGCGUGCUGAAGCCUGUGUCUGACUUCUGCGGCAGCGCGGGGGGGGGUGAGACGGUGGUGCGCAUCAUGUACUCCCCGCGGGACGUGACCGCGGACCCCGUGCUGCCGCAGCCGCGCAUGGACGACGAGCUCCUCGACGCGAUGCCAGACGGGGAGCCUGCGCACGAGAACCUGAAGACCAUGUGCAACCCCGCCACGCUGGCCGUCGGGGGCGAAGGGGACGCGGAGGGUCUGGUGGUGGCGGGGAUGUGCGGGGACGUGUUGCGGCACAUGGGCGCGGUGGAGCUGUCCCGGAACAUCCCCGGGGACCGCAUUGCACGUCUGGCGGGGCACCUGGUGGCGCAGCGGUGCUUCUACCCCGUGUACCCGCCGAUGCUCGACGCGGCGGCCGCGGACGGGGAGAUGGACGCGAGCGUGAUGGUCGAGCACACCGCCGCGGACGCCAUCAUGAUGAAGGCGCUGCCGCAUGUGCUGGUGCUGCCCAGCGUGCUGCCGCCGUUCGCCAAGCCGGUCGCGAUCCCGGGGAGCAAGCUUGACGGUCGCGUGCUGUGCAUCAACCCGGGCAUGGUGUCGAAGGGACAGUACGCGUCGCUGACCCUGUCCAAGGGGAGCGGCGACAUCAUGACGCGAAUGCAAUGCACGAUCGAAAAGGCGUGA